UCCUGACUCGGGGGCGGGGCCGGUGUGUGUGUUGGGGCAAGGGGGCGGGAGCCAAGAGGCGGAAGUUCCCGCGGGCCGUGGGGAAGGCGCAAGCCGCGCGAGUCACUUGUCAGCGCUCGUCUGAUUUGGAGGCAUCGCGGCGCCGGCCCCGAGUUUCUUUCAUUUUGAGGGAUUGGACUUUGCGUCAUUAGAACCAUGAGCAACUACAGUGUGUCCUUGGUGGGCCCAGCUCCCUGGGGUUUCCGGCUGCAAGGUGGCAAGGAUUUCAACAUGCCUUUGACAAUCUCAAGUCUAAAAGAUGGUGGCAAAGCAUCCCAGGCAAACGUAAGAAUAGGCGACGUGGUUCUCAGCAUUGAUGGAAUAAGUGCCCAUGGCAUGACUCAUCUGGAAGCCCAGAACAAGAUUAAGGGUUGUACAGGCUCUUUGAAUAUGACUCUGCAAAGAGCAUCUGCUGCACCCAAGCUUGAGCCAGUUCCUGUUCAAAAGCCCACAGUCAGCAGCGUGUGUGCCGAGACUGCCCAGGAGCUAGCGGAGGGACAGCGAAGAGGAUCCCAGGGUGACAGUAAACAGCAAAAUGGGAAAAUCCCACCCAAACGCCCACCAAGAAAACACAUUAUGGAUCGUAAUACUGAGUUUUAUCACAUACCUACUCACAGCGAUGCCAGCAAGAAGAGACUGAUUGAGGAUACUGAAGACUGGCGUCCGAGGACUGGAACGACUCAGUCUCGUUCUUUCCGAAUCCUUGCCCAGAUCACUGGGACUGAACAUCUGAAAGAGUCUGAAGCUGAUAAUACAAAGAAGGCAAAGUUUGACAGUUCUCUGGAAGACCUACCUCAGAGUGGACCUCACCCACCUACAACUGCUCAGGUUUUACAUAUUGGUGGCCAAGUAGCCACACUUUCUAAAGUAACUACGUAUUCUAGCUUAAGCAGCUCCACAAGAAAUGUGGCAACAAGCUCUUUGGAAGCUUUUCGAAACUUGUCUACCUUGUCUUCUCCUGCUAGAUACAGUGCUGCGGUUCUGAGCAGCGCCGCCGCCACUGUGUCUGCUGUUCUCGCCGCAAAAACCAGGCUCUCCAGUCCUGAAAAAUAUCACUCACUCCUGGAUGCACUUUGCAUCAGCCCUGUAUCCAAGCCUUUAGCUUUUUCAUAUCUCCAGCCCUUGAGGAAAUCAACUGGCUCUGUCCAUGUUAAGAAAACCAGCAAUGCCCAGGAGCCUUCUCAGCAGUCUGCGCCAUCAGCAGCUGCAGCUUGGAGCUCCCCCGAGAGGCCGGGAAGCCCAGGCUCGACCAGACCAGGGGUGGCCGGGCUCACCACUGCUGCUGCCUUCAAGCCUCUGGGGUCCAGUGGGAUCAAGUCACCAAGCUGGCAACGGCCCAGCCAAGCAGCACCUUCCGCUGGAAGAGUCGUAAGCAGUGGACCAUCCACAGGAGUCGUGGCACCAGCCAACUCAGCCAGAGGGCAGCCUCAGCCCAGUGAUGAGGACACUUUGGUGCAAAGGGCCGAGCAUAUUCCCGCAGGGAAACGAACUCCAAUGUGCGCCCACUGCAACCAGGUUAUCAGGGGACCAUUCCUAGUGGCAUUGGGGAAAUCUUGGCACCCAGAAGAGUUUAACUGUGCUCACUGCAGAAAUACGAUGGCCUACAUUGGAUUUGUAGAGGAGCAGGGAGCCCUGUAUUGUGAGCUCUGCUAUGAGAAAUUCUUUGCUCCAGAAUGUGGUCGAUGCCAAAGGAAGAUCCUUGGAGAAGUCAUCAAUGCUUUAAAACAAACUUGGCAUGUCUCCUGUUUUGUGUGUGUGGCCUGUGGAAAGCCUAUUCGUAAUAAUGUUUUUCACUUGGAGGAUGGUGAGCCCUACUGUGAGACUGAUUAUUAUGCCCUCUUUGGUACUAUAUGCCGUGGAUGUGAAUUUCCAAUAGAAGCUGGCGACAUGUUCCUGGAAGCUCUGGGCUAUACCUGGCAUGACACUUGUUUUGUAUGCUCAGUAUGUUGUGAAAGUUUGGAAGGUCAGACCUUUUUCUCUAAGAAGGACAAGCCGCUUUGCAAGAAACAUGCUCAUUCUGUGAAUUUUUAAAAGUCAGCUGUCCAGGGGAAGAGAAGAAAUUUGAAGAGAAAGAGGAGAAUUUAAAUUACCAAUUAAUUUUUAGAUUUAAUAUUUAUAUGAAGUUUUGAAAAAUAAUAGUGGCCCUCAGGGGAUAAAUUCCAAGCUUUGAAAACCAAGUCUAUGAGGAAAUAUUUGGCUUCAUAAAGUAAAGAAACAGUUUGGUGUUUAUUAUUACUUUUUUCCCUGUAUUUUUGCCCAUAAAGUAACUUUUAUAAAAAUCAAUUUCCUGGUUGAUUAUUAAAUUCAUCUUAGAAUAAAUUAGUGAAGAAUCAAAUUUUAGAAUAAAAACCUUCAACUUCUAUGCUGAAAUAACUAAAGUUUCUUUCCUUGUUAGGUAGUUUUGAGUUAAUCUAUAAAAAGACAAUGAAAAUGCCUUACACUUAAAUGAAACAUUGUGUUUUUCUUUAACAAAAAUAGCAUUUAUCUUUAAAACAGUAAAUAGGAGUUUAAACAAAGAAUUUUAUCAGUAGUAGGUGUCAGGUUUUUUUAAACUGUAUACAUUUUUUUUUGUUUUUACAGUUGAUCAUUCCAAUAGGAAAGGCCAAUGAGAUUUUGAUCAAAACAUGUCUUGCCAGUAGAUGUUAUAUUUUUGUGUGAUUUCCCUCCACCCCUAAAAAGCCACCAUGUAGCUUAUAAAUUUCAAUUUUUUGCCUUUUAUUAGAAUAUGACCAUUUUCUAUUAAUUGUGUAUGUUUUAUCAUCUUUGUCAGUCAAACUAUUUUUUUCCCCUUGCCUUAUGCUGAGGUAAAGAGCUUGUUGAAUAACUUUGGACUCUGAAAGUUGUCUCUCUCUAAAGAGAAUAAAUAGAAAAGAAUGUGGUUGGGAGUGAUGGUAAAUCACAAGAUUGGAUCAGAAAUUUUUUAGAAUUCCCCCUUUUUAGACAGUGAGUCAGUUUGAUCAGUUCCAGAGUUAUACUAUAGACUGAUGAAGGUUUGAAAGUUCUCUUUGCAGAAUAAUUUUUUGUUGUUGUUCAGUUCUACAUUAGAAAAGUAAAAUGUUGGUUUGAGGAUAUUAUAAAAAUUUAGAUUUUUUUUUCUUUUGGUAGUUUUUUCUCAAUAAUAAAUGAACCACUUCUAAAAGUAAUCAUGAAGUUUGGAAAGCUUUUGUUCACAGAGGUUCGAUAGUAUAGAGAGGAACAUGAUUAAUUACUCAGACCAGCCUGUUCUUUGUUUUCUUCAUUUUAGGGAAAAAAAUUAUGUAGAUACCACAUGAAGACAGAGAAACAGUUGUGGUAAGAUCGUGAAUCCUGUUGAUAUUUGCCCAGUGAGAAAAGAGAUUAUGGCAUUUGGUAGUUUUUUUUUUUCCUUUGUUUCCAGAAUGGACAAAGCCCAUGAUCACACAAGUUAUCACUUGGAUUUGGUUGGGGAAGGGUGCUUUUACAGUUGAGACUGAGCCCCACCCCCUGCCCAUCCCAUCCAUCACUUGAGACUUCACUUCCAUUGUGUGCAUGUUUGUUAGAGGGCAGGGUGUUAGGCUACAAUAUUUGUUUAACCUCCCUAAGAACUGUUCAAGGUAUCUGUCCUGAAAGCUGCUAAUUCAUGGUCUAGCAGACUACAUUAUAUGCAGAUAGUAAUUAACUGGGAAUAAAAGAAUGAGAAGUGUGACGCAAAGUAGCAAACUGAAUGUUUCACCAAUGGCAACCCAGAACUGUCCCCUUGCCCUGCAUCUUGUAGGGAGGCAGGGAGUUUUUUCUGUUGUGUUUUAAAAGCUGGAACUGAAUCGUGCCAUAUUUCCCAUUGCUGCUGAAACCACCCAUAGAAGACACGCUGCAUUUUCACUUAUCUUAAUGUCAGUUCUUUGCCUUACAUGACAUAAAAUAAGUUGGUGGUUUUGUUUUAGUGUGGUAGAGAUUUUUUUGUUGUUUUUUAGUUUUGCUUUUACAGAUGGUAAAGAGUCUGCCUGCAGUGCAGGAGACUUGCAUCUCUAGACUCGCAUCCUUAGAUCCGGAAGAUCCCCUGGAGAAGGAAAUGGCAACCCACUCCUGCAUUCUUCCCUAGAAAACCCCAUGGACAAAGGGGCCUGGCAGGCUACAGCCCAUGGGGUCACUAGGAGUCGGACACGACUGAGAGACUUCACUUUACAGAUUAUAUGCCAAGAGAGUAUUUGAUAAGUCAGUGGUAUUGGAAUGGCAUUUGGGUAUUUCAUUCAAAGAAUUUUAUUUGAUCUGGAUUUCUUAUAAAGUUAUAUUAAGGAUUUUGUUUUUAUUACACUUUUCUUUCUGCAUAUUAUUCAUGGAGCAUAAUGUUGCAUUUCUCUAAAUUUUAUCCCUAAAAGGAUAAUGUCAUUUCCUAACAUCAUUUGUCUUUGGCUUUGUCCUUUGCUUCUAUGGCAAAGCCUUCUUCUGUCUAUUCUUAAAACAGUUAAUCCUGUGAAAUAAAUACUGACUAUAACCCAGAAGAAUCUCUGUAUUUUAUAGUGGGGAAUGCCAUAUUUAAUACACCAGCAUUAAUCUUUUAAUAACUGGCAGAGCACUUUAUUCUUCUGGUGAGCUCCCAGAAUAUUUAUUUUUCUGAUUAUAAAUAUUCCAUGUCAGUAGCAUUUUUGAAUUGUUACCUCCUUAUUGUAGAGCAUUACUUUUAGUCUCUCUUGAUGUAUAUUUUGGAAUGUUGUGCUUAGAAUAAUACAGAUUAAAAUCACAGUAUGUGAUUCUAAAACAUCCUCUGCUUGGUUUCCCAGUUUCUAAAUGUAUGGCAUGUCUUCAAGGGCAAAAUGUUGGUCACUGAAGUAGCAUCUAAAAAUAAUGCCCUCUACAUGUGCAUGUAGCAUUUGUGUUUCCUAUUGAUUCAAGUUACAGUUAGCAACUAAAAUUAAAACCUGAUCAUUGGUCACUGUGCAAACAAGUAGAAAUUAGAGUGUAAAUCUUCAAAACAGCAUUAUGUUUAAAAAUGAUUAUAACAAAAACAGUAUUCAUGUUAACAUUUUCAAGGACUACUACUAUAGAAAAUACUCUUUCCUGUUCAAGUGUGAAUCUAGAGUUAUGUUAACAUUUUGGUGAUAUUUGGGGUUUAGUUAUUGCAAUAGAGGCUUUUCAGACAUAAGGGAAGGGAGAACACACUGAAUCAUUUUACACAAUUUGAUGUGUCUUCCAUUUGUCCUCCUUCAAUCCCCAAAUGUUUUAAGGUUUUGGGUUUGGAUUCUCAAUAUAUCAUUUACCAUAUGUAUUAGUCUCUAUCUUCUGUUUCUCUGCAUUUUUUAGUUUGUAUAUGUCCGUGCUAUUUUGCUUCUGGAUACAUUUUCUAAUUAAAAACCACAUGAGAAAUAUAAUCAGUAUAUAAACCUUAAUGUGCACAUAAUAAAUAAAUGGCUGCAGUGAUACAAACAAGUUCUCUUGGUUUUUCUUUUUGGGGGACAAGAGGUUUCUAUUGAGUCAUCAAGGGAAAAAAUAAUGUUCACAGGAUAGGCUGAUUCUCAAGAGAAUUCCUCCUUUAUGGUAUUUGCCUAUCAGAAUAUCCCAGAAACAUAUUUGAAAAUAUUGUCACAUUUAUUUUAAUCCAUAUUUAUGCUUUGCAUGUAGUAUGUAUACAAUAAAUGGUAUGAAUAGAUAA